ACGAUUCUGAGACAUUUUUUCUGUUGUUGCCAUGGCAAAUCAUGGAUUAGUUGUGAUUCGUGAUGAUCUGUUCCUGUCGCAGUAAUCUCUGGGAAUAUAGCUGGCUAAUAAUUUCUACAGAAUUGCUUCAAAAGCCCAAAGUGUUUUAUUAAGGUUCUGGAUGGAGUGAGCAUGGAUCUCUCUGAACAUACAGCUCAGUGAGAACCAAAACACCACUCUGGCAUUGACAUCACCACCACCAUGCUACAACCAACAGAAGCAGGUUCCUGAAAGUAGAAGAUGGAAAGAGCAGAGAGGAUAGAGGCAGGUGAGGGAAGAAGAAUGAGGCUGAAAGAUGGAUGUGGAAGGAGUAUUUUCUUGCGGCUGCUCCUGGCAUGUGUGUUGCUGGGAGAUGACCUGGUCUGUGUGGUCACGGCCCAGGCCAAUGAGAGGAGAGUCCUGGCGCACAUUCCUGGUGACAUCAUCAUAGGAGCACUGUUCUCUGUUCACCAUCAACCACCCGCAGACAAGGUCCAUGAGCGUAAGUGCGGGGCGGUUCGGGAGCAAUAUGGUAUCCAGCGUGUUGAGGCCAUGAUGCACACGCUUGACCUCAUCAACUCUGACCCCAACCUCCUCCCCAACAUCACCCUGGGCUGUGAGAUCAGGUAUGACCCCAACAUCACCCUGGGCUGUGAGAUCAGGUAUGACCCCAACAUCACCCUGGGCUGUGAGAUCAGGUAUGACCCCAACAUCACCCUGGGCUGUGAGAUCAGGUAUGAACCCAACAUCACCCUGGGCUGUGAGAUCAGGUAUGACCCCAACAUCACCCUGGGCUGUGAGAUCAGGUAUGACCCCAACAUCACCCUGGGCUGUGAGAUCAGGUAUGAACCCAACAUCACCCUGGGCUGUGAGAUCAGGUAUGACCCCAACAUCACCCUGGGCUGUGAGAUCAGGGACUCGUGUUGGCACAGUGCAGUGGCCCUAGAACAGAGCAUAGAGUUCAUCAGAGACACGCUGGUCUCCAACGAGGAGGAGGAGAGUUUGAAUCACGGGAAAUGUCUGGGAGAGGACGGCAUGGAGAUGACACCUGUUAGGGGCAAGAAACCCAUCGUAGGACUCAUUGGCCCAGGGUCCAGCUCUGUGGCCAUACAGGUGCAGAACCUUCUGCAACUGUUCAACAUUCCACAGAUCGCCUACUCUGCUACCAGCAUGGACCUCAGUGACAAGAGCCUUUAUAAGUACUUCAUGAGGGUGGUACCAUCAGAUGCUCAGCAGGCCAGAGCCAUGGUGGACAUCGUCAAGAGAUACAACUGGACCUAUGUCUCUGCUAUACACACUGAAGGUAACUAUGGGGAGAGUGGUAUGGAGGCGUUUAAGGAGCUGGCCGCCAGAGAGGGGAUCUGCAUAGCCCACUCCGAUAAGAUCUACAGCAACGCCGGGGAGCAGAGCUUCGACCGGCUGCUGGAGAAGCUGAGAGGACACCUGCCCAAGGCGCGUGUAGUGGCCUGCUUCUGCGAAGGCAUGACCAUACGGGGCAUUCUGAUGGCCAUGAGACGGCAAGGCCUGGUGGGGGAGUUCCUGCUGGUGGGCAGUGAUGGCUGGGCUGACCGUUAUGAUGUUACUGAUGGUUACCAUCGUGAGGCUGCCGGAGGAAUCACCAUAAAGCUGAAGUCAGCCUACGUCACCUGGUUCGAUGACUACUACCUGGCCCUGCAACCAGAUGAAAACACCAGGAACCCCUGGUUCCCUGAGUUCUGGCAGCACAGAUUCCAGUGCCGGCUGGUGGGACAUCCACAGGAGAACAACAAGUACAACCGGACCUGCAGCAGCAAAGAGUCUCUCCGUCAGCAAUAUGCCCAGGACACUAAGAUGGGCUUUGUCAUCAACGCCAUCUACUCCAUGGCUUACGGUCUACACACCAUGCAACAGGCACUCUGUCCAGGAUACCAGGGGCUCUGCGAUGCAAUGCGGCCCAUUGACGGUCGAAAGCUGCUGGAGUUUCUUAUGAGGACCAACUUCACUGGAGUGUCUGGAGAGACUAUCCACUUUGACCAGAAUGGAGACUCCCCGGGCAGGUAUGAGAUCAUGAACUUUAAGCGUCUGGGCCGUGACGGUAAUGACGGUGCUGGCGGUGAUUACGGUGAUGGCGGUGGGGAUGACGGUGAGGACCACUACAGUUAUAUCCAUGUAGGGAGCUGGGACCAAGGAGGACUCAGGAUGGACGAUGAGGAAAUCUGGCCCAAUUCAUCCAGCCUCAUACAGUCUCUCUGCUCCCUACCCUGUCAGAAGGCUCAGAUCAAGGUGAUUCGUAAAGGGGAGGUGAGCUGCUGUUGGACCUGUACUCCCUGUAAAGAAAAUGAGUUUGUUUUUGAUGAGUACACCUGCCGUGCCUGUGACCUAGGGUCCUGGCCUACUGACGACCUCACAGGUUGUGAGCCUAUCCCGGUGCAGUAUGUUCGUUGGGGGGAUCCAGAGCCGAUAGCAGCAGUGGUGUUUUCAUGUUUGGGGCUCAUGGCCACUCUGUUUGUCACCUCCAUUUUCAUCAGGUUCUAUGACACCCCAGUGGUGAAGUCCAGCAGCAGAGAGCUGUGUUACAUCAUCCUGGCCGGGAUCUUCCUGGGCUACCUGUGUACCUUCAGCCUGAUCGCCAAGCCCCACGCUGCACACUGCUACCUUCAGAGACUGGGGAUAGGACUGUCCCCUGCCAUGAGUUACUCAGCUCUGGUCACAAAGACCAAUCGUAUAGCCCGCAUCUUGGCAGGCAGUAAGAAAAAGAUCUGCACUAAAAAACCUCGGUUCAUGUCAGCCUGUGCCCAGCUGGUCAUCGCUUCUCUACUCAUACUGAUCCAACUAGGAAUCAUCAUGGCCCUGUUCUUCAUGGAACCACCUGAGGUGAUCUACGACUACCCCAGUAUCAGUGAGGUCCAUCUGAUCUGUAACCUGUCAACACUGGGAGUCGUAGCUCCUCUGGGAUACAAUGGUCUUCUCAUCCUGAGCUGCACCUUCUACGCCUUCAAGACUCGUAAUGUCCCAGCUAACUUCAACGAGGCCAAGUACAUCGCCUUCACCAUGUACACCACCUGCAUCAUCUGGCUGGCCUUUGUUCCCAUCUACUUUGGCUCCAACUACAAGAUCAUCACCAUGUGUUUCAGUGUCAGCCUCUCUGCUACCGUGGCUCUCUGCUGCAUGUUCGCCCCCAAGGUGUACAUCAUGCUGGCGAAGCCAGAGAAGAACGUCCGGAGUGCCUUCACCACCUCUAACCAGGUCCGCAUGCAUGUAGGAGACGCCAAGACAGCAGCUAACGCUGCCAAACCCAAGACCAUGGCUGGCAUGUUCAGAAGGAAGGGGUCUGGAGACAACGUCAGCUCCAACAGCAAGGCGGUGUUGUGGUCCCAGAAAGAAGGUGGAGGCUACAGACCCAACCUGUGGAAGAGGAUCUCCAUCCACAUCAAGAAGGAGGAAGUCAACCAGACCGCCAUUAUCAAACCCUUCUCUAAAGGAAACGACAUCCCUGACCUUGACUCUGCCACGCCCCAACCUGGUGCCAGGGGAGUGUACGAUCAACCUCAGGGAGCACAGCACUACCAACCCGGAACCUUCCCCUGCCCCCCUUCUCCUUACGCUGGCCCCUGCCCCCCCUCGCCACAACACCUGCCCGCCGCCAGCCAGAGCGUCGGCAUCCUCCCGGGGUGUCCGGGGCCUCAGGACGAGGAGGUGUUUGUGGGCACCUCAGAGACCCAUAGGGAGGAGGUGGUCCGGGCCCUGCCGACCUGCAUGUCAGAGAGACCUCCGAGUGGGCGGGGCGGCGCGGCAGGCAGGACAGGUGUCGGCAGGGACAGUACUGGCAGGGUUUCUAGAGGUAGGGCUAGUAGAAGUGUGGGUGUUGGGGGGAUAGGGAAUAUUGGUGCUAUGGCUAUGGGUGGUGUAGGUGGUGUUGGCGUUAAGGCUAUGGGUUUUCGUGGUAUGGGUGACAUGGGUGUUGGUGAUAUCGGUAGUAUCGGCGUGGGUGUGGUGGGCACCCAGCUGCAGGGCUCCACCAUCAUGGACCAGAUCAGCUGUGUGAUGAACCGUUUCACCGCCAACAUCAGCCAGCUCAACAACAUGAUGCUCCCCGGGUCACCAGCAGAGGGCGCCAAUCUCCCGCCCCCAGGCCCACCCCUCGUCCCCGCCCCUUGCCCCCCUCCGUAUGUCCAGCCCCGUGCCAGGCAGCCGAACGCAACAGUCACCACUUACGCUGAGGUCGCCGCCACCUCUAACCAUGGCAACCCCUGGGUGUGCGGGGUGGGGGGCGGGGUCAAAGGUCUUGGAGGAGGGGUGUGUGGUACAGAGGAGGUGAGAACCACAGAGCUGUUGGAGGAGUUGGUUGCUCUGACCCCUCCAUCCCCAUUUAGAGACCCUUCCCUGGGUUCGCCUAGCACCUCACCCCCCUGUCUGUCCCCAACCUCAGAGUCAGCCCUGGGUGACCCCUGCCCCCUGGGUAAAUACAACAGAGUGAUGUUCAGGCACUACAGUCAGAGCUCGUCUUCUCUGUAAAAUACUCCUCUUCUUCUUCUACUGGCUGUUGUUUUGCCUUUCUGUCUUGUUCUGCUUCCUCUUCUCCUUCAGAGGUGUUGUGUGAUCUUGUUUUAACAUGUGGAUAGGAAUUAGCUGUCAGUUGAAGAGACUAAACACAUAACAAGUUUGAAAACAUCAAUAUAAUAGACCAAACUGAAUGAACUCGACAUUUUCUACUUUACCUUUCCUGAGAUAAAAAGCCAUAGUUCCUCUAGAGGGGCAGAUACCGUUUGACUGGUUGGCUGGCUGGAUGAGUGACUGGUUGUGACUGGUUGUGUGACUGGUUGUCUGGGUCAAUGAUUGAUGGAUGACUGACUGGUUUGAUGACUGACUUACUGGCAGGCCUGAUGGGUAACUGACUGGUUUGAUGACUGACUUACUGGCAGGCCUGAUGGGUGACUGAUUGGUUUGAUGACUGACUUACUGGCAGGCCUGAUGGGCGAAUGAAUGGCUGACUGAAUUUCUGAUUGACUGGCUGGGUGACUGACUGACUGAAUAUACAUCAAUGAACAUUGUUUAAAUCGUUUUCACACAGCUUGAGUAUAAACAGUAGUUCAGAGGUUUUAUAUCUGGACAUGUUUCUGGACUAGGUUCUAUAUCUGGACACGGUUCUGGACUAGAUUUUAUAUCUGGACACAGUUCUGGACUAGGUUCUAUAUCUAGACACGGUUCUGGACUAAGUUCUAUAUCUGGACACGGUUCUGGACUAGGUUCUAUAUCUGGACACUCUGACAGCUGGGCUGCAGGGAGGAGCGUUAUGUCUAAGCCACACCCAUGUCACAACCUUGUCCAAUCAGAGGUCACUUCACCAAAUUCACUGCCUCCGGAUUGAAGAGGCCAGUGCAUGUUCAUCUUAUGUUUUUUUGCCCCAUUCAGAACAGAGAAUUACUUUAAGUGGAACUCAUAUAGAGGAAACCUAAUAAUAGAGAAAACUGCUAAAUUCCUUGUUGGUAAUGGCAAGGUAACACAAAAUGGACAACUCACAUUAAAACCUGGAAACAACAAUAAUACAAUGAUGAAUGACCUGGACGCGUCAGUGCGGCGCCUACUACUGAUGACGGUAUUCCAAGCUUACACCCAGCCCGUCUUCCAAUACACCUUCCCAGACUGGAAAACUGCAUCAGCACAACAUCAACCAAUUUCAUACUAAUACUUCUGGAAUUCAGACAGACAAAGGUAAUCUUUAAGGUAUGAUAUUAAAGUAGCUGUCCAGUCUUUUCAGGUUUCUUUGAAAUAUAACCUAUACUUAUACUUUCCAACCUGUUUUGUUUUUCUGUGUUUAAAUGGUGUGGGUGUCCUCAAAAAAAGCGACUGAUGUAGAUGUAUAUGCAUUCAUAAAGGUAUUUCUGUCAAGUUAACAGACAAUUGGCCAGCUCAGGCAGUGAGCCAAUGAAACGUCUCGGAUAAAAGCAUGACAUCUCAUUGUAUGACAAAAUAGCAAGCAGUUUUGACAGUCUUUCUGUGAUAAGUUGAGGUUUUCUUUUCUCAAUAUAUUUUUUUUGCCACAAAUACAAGCAUAUGAUGUUUGAGUUAACGGAUUAUGAGCUUUUUUAGGUGAGAUUUUCCCUGGACAGUUUCUUUAAAUUAUUGAACUCGUUCAAUGUUUCUUAAUCCUGGUCCUGGGGACCCAAAGGGGUGCAUGUGUUUUUGCCCAAGCACUCACAC